AGCCCAGAGCCAGGGCGGAGGAGAGUAUGGAGGUCCCAGGCUCUUUCCCUCUGGUGCUGGAGGGGCCCUGGGGUCCCGACCCUCCCAAGAAGUUGCGGAACAAGUUGCAGUGCUACUUCCAGAGCCCCCAGAGAUCCGGAGGGGGCGAGUGUGUUCUCACACUGCAGACCGGCCACUCUGAGAUCCUUCUCCUCUUUGAACAUGAAGAAGUAAGGCAACGGGUUCUGAAGCGAGAGAACCAUGAGUUAGAAUUGGCAGGAGGGGAAAAAUUGAAACUCACUGUCACACUGCCUACAGUAAAGGAUGGGAAUAAAAUCAGUGAGAAACCAGUCACCACAAAAGAAUCCAAGACCAAACAUGGAGCCCAAGAAAAAGCGGCAUCAGAAGACGAGGACACAAAGCUCCCACUAGAGAAAAGAUCAGCCCAGACCAAGGGUAUCUCCAAAGGCCCUGGAACUAUUUCCUCAUUGGUUGUAUUUAAAAAUAUCCAAGACACGAUGACAGAAGAUCUAUUGACUUUGUUGGUGGAGAAUGUGAGUGGCUUCUCAGAAACAAGAGGAGACUUUACAAUAGAAAUCAUACCAGAAGCUGAGGUUGCUGUGGUUACCUUUAUGAAAACCAUUGAUGCAGAGAGAUUUAUUAAUAUUUGUGCUAAGAAUCACAAAGUAGGAGAACUUAAGAUUUCUGCAUCACCUCUAGAAGUGACAAGGACUAUUCUGGUGGAAGACCUACCCCCAGAUGUUAAUGAAUAUUACAUCACUCUUUUCUUUGAAAACCAAAAAAAUGGAGGAGGACCAGUAACCAGAGUCCAAUAUUUUCCAGAGGAUAAUUCAGCCCUGAUUCAGUUUGAUACAUGUGAAGUGCUUGACACCAUAUUGACAAAGAAGCUUCUCUUCAACAACAGUCCCAUUUCAAUGUUUCCAUACUACCCUACUUUGGGUACUGCUUUAUAUGGAAAGACAAAGCCACCAGUGAAGCUGCCAGAACCCUUAACAGUGCCAAUGGAGCCUUAUCUGUUGAAGUUCUUACAGAAAGAUGAUAAAGCAAUUGGAGAGAUAACUAGCAGCAUGGAGAAGGCUCACUGUCAGCUAACAUGGCCCCAACCUAAUUGUAAAGGGUCAGAAAUUACACCCAGUGCAAAAAUUACACUCAGUCCUUCAGCUACCUUAGUCAGCCAAAGAAGAACAAAGAGCAACAUAAUCAAGACAUGGAGUAAAAAUGUUUCUGAAAGAUUCUCUUGUCUUAUGUCUAAAUACCAGGUCACUAAGUAUAGAGUGGACCCAGUGGUGUGGGAAGCCAUCAAAAAUAGCAUAGAAAGUAAGAGCAUUUUGACUGAGUUUGAUAAGCUUCAGGAGACAGUGAUCAUAGCAGGGAGACUGGAGGAUGUGCAAAGAACUGAACCACAAAUGAGGACUCUGAUAGAAAAUGCCACCCAAAAAAUAGAAAGAGAAAAACAAAGCAUAAGAGAGAACUUGACUGUGUGUCCUGGACGGUUUUCCAUUUUACACAACAACAAGUUAGAAGAGACUCUGCACAAGAAAUACCCAGAGCUGGGAGUCACUUACGAUGCCCUCACAAAGAGCAUUUGCCUGACUGGAUUAGCUACAGAUGUGUACAAAGCAAAGAGUGAAAUUUUAGAGAAGCUACAGAGCUUGGCCAAGAAAUUUCUCUAUCUUCCUCCUGAAAUCAUUCAGUUUCUGCAGCAAGUAAACUGUGAGGCAUUCUCUGAAUCUCUUUUUGGAGCUGAAAAUAUUCCUGCUGUUUAUGAGAUGGAGGGUGAAGCAGUUGUGCUGGUUGGCUUCUCUCCCCAAAUUCUUUCAGAAGCUGAAAAACAUAUGAAGAAAGCCUUGAGCUUCAAGUGCAUCAAUGAGGUAGACAGUUGGAUUCUUAAUGAUUGUCAGUGGAAAACACUCACUGGCAAUUUAAAUAAGAAAUACAAUGGCUCCUCGAAGACCGUAAUAAUAGAACAGCAAAAUUCAGACACUGGAGUUAAGAUAAUAAUUGCUGGUUGUGUUAGUCCAGUGUGUGAAAGCUACCUAGAACUUUGUGAAUUUAUAGAAAAAAACACAAAAAUAGAGGAAUUGGUCUCUGUGAAAUCUCUAGCAGUUAUCCAGUAUAUGAAGGAGGAAAAUAAGCAAAUCAGGGAAAAACUAAAGAAGAAAAAUGUAAAGGUCAGUUUCAAAACCCUGGCCAACCAAAGGGGCAUUUCACUGAGUGGUCCAAAAGAAGAAGUAAUGAGAGGAGUGGCCAUGGUCAAACAAACACUAGAUUCAAUACAUAUUAGAAACUUUAGCAUUGGUAAACUAGGAGCCAAAUCCUUAUUCAAAGACGGAGAAGAUGUUUAUAAAAUGGAAGCAAAAAGGAAGUAUAGUUGUUCAAUUUGGCUACAAGAAGAUGGAGACAAGAGCAGUGGGGGCAAUAUUGAUGAGCAGAAGGUCCCCUGCAAGAUAACCUUAGAAUGUGGCAUCUUAUUAACUGUUCAGGAAGGUGACUUAACCCACUUCUCAGCAGAUGUGGUGGUGAAUGCAGCAAAUGAGGACCUAAAGCACUUUGGAGGUCUGGCAGCUGAACUCUCUAAAGCAGCAGGCCCAGAGCUACAGAGGGACUGUGACCAAAUAAUCCAGGAACAGGGUAAGAUCCUUCCUGGCCGUGCUGUUGUCUCAGCUUCUGGACAACUCCCAUAUCAGCAAGUGAUUCAUGCUGUUAGCCCCAGGUGGAAACAAGAGCAUGCUCACAGAUGUGUGCAGUUAUUAAAAACUGCUAUCACAGAGAUUUUUUAUCUGGCUGGACUCUAUGGGCACACUUCAAUAGCCAUCCCAGCUCUUAGCUCUGGGAUCUUUGGUUUCCCCUUAAAAGAAUGUGCAGAGACCAUCAUCAGGUCCAUCAAGGAAAACUUCCAGGACUCCCCAAAUGCACAUAGCUUGAAACAGAUUCAUCUUGUUGAUUCAUCUGAGGAGGCAGUUAAAGCUCUUUCCAAAGCUGUGAAAAACGUUUUUAAAGAUCUUUUUCCUAAUAACAAUUCAAUGCCCUGCUCACAAUUAGAAGGCCAGGAAACCAACGUGAGAAAAAAAGCUGAAUAUGGAAGUGUGCUGGCUUCCAUCCAAACUAGAGAAGGCCUGAGCAUCUUGUUGAUGAAGGGAGAUGUUCAGGAUGCUGAGACUGAUAUUAUUGUCAACUCCAUUUCCUCGAAUCCUCCCUUUAAUGGAGGAGAACUUUCUCGGGCCAUAUUGAAGAAAGCUGGUUCAUCUCUCCAAGCAGAGUUAAAUGAAGUGGGGCAAAGAAUGGAGAUGAAAACAGGAUCUGUUCUCCUGACCAGUGGCUGUAAUCUGAACUGCAUCUUUGUUCUCCAUGCAGUAAUUCCUGUGUGGGAUAAUGGAAAAGGUCAUUCACAAAAGAUCAUGGAAGAUAUAGUCAGAGAAUGUUUGGACACUCCUGAGAUUCUCUCUCUAAAAUCAGUCACAUUUCCAGCAAUUGGAACAGGAAUGGCAACAUUUCCAAAAACCAUUUUUGCUGAAUUAAUCCUCUCACAAGUGUUUAAGUUCAGUUGUACAACACCUUUGAAAACCCUAAAAGAAGUUCACAUUCUGUUGCAGGCCACUGAUAUGGAAAACAUUGAGGCAUUUUCAGAUGAAUUCACUAGAUGGGAUAGUAGAAAUGGAAAUGGAAAUCCUACCAGUUGCAGAGUUGCCAAGACUAUUGAUAGACAAGAUUUCUUUGGGACUAUUUCUAAUACUGCACCUGGAGUUUAUGAAACAACAAUUGGUUCUAUUUCCUUUAUGGUUGCCUCUGGAGAUAUUACUGAGGAACAAGAAGAUGUUAUUGUAAACUCUACAAAUGAAACAUUCAACCACAAAGGAGGGGUCUCCAAAGCCAUCUUUGAAGCUGCUGGACCAACUGUGGAAUUGGAAUGUGCCCAACUGGCUAAACUGCCUCAUGACAAUUUUAUAAUUACACAAGGGGGAAAUCUGAAGUGCCAAAAAAUAAUUCAUGUAAUUGGUCACAAAGACAUUAAAGAAACAGUUUCCAGUGUCUUACAAGAGUGUGAACACUUGAAGAGCAAAUCUGUUGCCCUCCCACUCAUUGGAACAGGAAAUGCUAAACAAGACCCAGAUAUUGUUACUAAAAAAAUAAUUGAUGCUAUUGAAGACUUUGCAUGGAAAGGGUCUGGCCAAUCAAUGAAAAAUAUAAAAGUAGUCAUCUUCCAACCACAGCUACUAAAAAUGUUUUAUGGCAUUAUGAAAAAAAGGGAGGGCUCUACGAUGCCAACCUCAUUGUUCUCCAAAUUAAAAGUACUUUUAGGUCUUACAAGACAUGAUUUGGUUUUUGGAAAGAAAAUGGAAUCAACUGUGUUUCAGAUAUGUGGUGAAAGUAAGGAGAAUAUUGAAAACACUGUCUCUUGGAUACAAGAUUUAAUUUUAAAAGGACAAAAGAGUUAUUCCUCCUCAGAUGAAGCCAUCCAAAACUUCGGUGAAGAGGAAUUCAAGGAACUGAACGAGCUACAGAGAAAUCUGAAUAUCACCAUUUCCCCCCAAAAUAAUUUCUGUCUCCAGGUUGUAGGACUUGCCAGAGAUGUAUUAAAGGCUUCCCACACAAUUGAGGACAUGAUCCAGAGAGUUCAGUUAGGUGUAGAAAAAUGAGUCUAAGGCUGAGUUGUUCAUUAGGUCCAUUGAAUGGAAGUAUAACAACAAUGGUGUUAAACUUUGAUUUCUUUUUUUCCCUUCCCUUCCCUUCUCUAUUCCUUGUCUUUCCCUCCCCUGCCCUGCCUCUUAAACCCUAGAGGAAUAUAAAGGUCCCUCUCUAAUCAGUCAUUUCUGCCUUAGAAAACUGAUUCAUAUAUUCCCCCAUUAAAAUUAAUAAAUUAGUAACUUUCUCAUUUGCAA